AUGAUUGCAAUCUUAGAGCCAGUGUUGCUUUUGUUGGUUUUGAGCACACCGAGCUGUUUGGUACUAUGCGAUUGUUUCGAUGUACUGACCGGUCGACGCUAUCCAGAGAAGUCCGUAUGGGUUCGGAGUGAAUUCUUUAAUGUGACCUGUGAGAAUGGACGAAUGAAGGUGUUAAAUUGUAUCAGUGAUUUUGGAACGAGGAUUCCGCUUCAGACGGAUUCAUUCUGGGAGAAUAGCAUUGAAUAUUCGUGCGUAGAUGAUGAAAGCGGUGAGCGAGGUUUGGACGGCAAUGAAGCGUCCGGAGAGGAACCAACUUCAGAAGGGUGCACUGGUGACCGGACGGAAUUCUUUGCGAAUCAUUUUGUUAUUUCAUGUAUUACCAAAGAAAUAAUCGCUUGUGUUGAUAAAAAUGGUGAUAUUGUGCGCGGUGGGUUCUUCCUGCUCGACAAUAAUCAACUGAAAUGGUGUUAUAUUUACAAGAACAGUAAACGUGCACGAAUCGAAAACAAAGGAUGUUUCAAUGGGACUGAUUAUGACGAUGUGACCGAUGAA